CGUAUAAUCUAGUGGACGGUUCUUCAUAAACAGCUCGUCAACCACCACGGUAGCUUGCUAGCCAACAUAGCCGAAAGAUUCAAGCUAUUUAUACGCUUUCGGUGUAUAUUAACUACUGUGUUUUAGCCACACUUCUGUCGUAUCAACUUGUUAACCUAUUUAAUUUAAUAUUACGUUAUUUGUUAUUAGUCAGCUAUAGUAGCUGGCUGGUUAAGUUAGCACUAGCCUAGUCGCUAAUGAUAGCUAGCUAGCUAACAUCCCCGAACAUGAGCUCCCUAAACUACUCCCCUCUUGUUAAAGAAGAGGAGGUCUGCUGGACGGAGAAAGAAGCUCUGUUGCUUAACGUUGUCGUGAAAGAGGAAGAAGAGGAUGUCACAGUAAAACAAGAAGUAGAAGGUGAGGCUGUUACAGUGAAAGAAGAAGAGAAAGACGUUUCAGUGAAAGAAGAGGAAGACGCGUUCAGAGUGAAAGAGGAAGAGGAUGUUACAGUAAAAGAAGAGGAUGCAGUUUAUGGAGUGAAGAAGGAAGGGGAGAUUACUGUCACAUUGAAAGAUGAAGAGGAGGAGAUAGGAGAUCUGAGUAACACCAGAGAGAGACGGGACUAUCGUGGAUCCUCUGGGGAACCUCAACAACCUCAUGAUGCUGACGAGGCAGAGAAGAGUCUCUCCACAUCAGAACUCCUCCAGAAACACCAGCAGAGACCCACAGGGAAGAAAUCUCAUUGCUGCUCUGACUGUGGGAAAGGUUGCAAAUCUUCAUCAGAACUUAAAAUACACGAGCGAGUACACACAGGAGAGAAACCUUAUAGCUGUGAUCAAUGUGGGAAGAGUUUUGGUAGAUCUGACCAGCUGACAUCACACCAGAGAAUACACACAGGAGAGAAACCUUAUAGCUGUGAUCAAUGUGGGAAGAGAUGUACUACAUCAAGCAAUCUGACUUCACACCAGAGAACACACGCAGGAGAGAAACCUUAUAGCUGUGGUCAAUGUGGGAAGAGUUUUUUUCAAUCUUGCUCUCUGACUGUACACCAGAGAACACACACACAACACACAGGAGAGAAAUCUUUUAGCUGUGGUCAAUGUGGGAAGGGUUUUGAUAGAUCUGGCCAGCUGACAUCACACCAGAGAAUACACACAGGAGAGAAACCUUAUAUCUGUGCUCAAUGUGGGAAUAGUUUUACUACAUCAAGCAAUCUGACUUCACACCAGAGAACUCACACAGGAGAGAAAUCUCAUAGUUGUGAUCAAUGUGGGAAGAGUUUUGGUGCAUCUUGCUAUCUGACAGUGCACCAGAGAAUACACACAGGAGAGAAACCUUAUAGCUGUGGUCAAUGUGGGAAGAGUUUUGGUAGAUCUGGCCAGCUGACAUCACACCAGAGAAUACACACAGGAGAGAAACCUUAUAGCUGUGCUCAAUGUGGGAAGAGAUGUACUACAUCUUACUCUCUGACUGUACACCAGAGAAAACACACAGGAGAGAAACCUUAUAGCUGUGGUCAAUGUGGGAAGAGUUUUGUUCAAUCUGGCUCUCUGACUGUACACCAGAGAACACACACACAACACACAGGAGAGAAACCUUUUAGCUGUGGUCAAUGUGGGAAGAGUUUUGGUAGAUCUGGCCAGCUGACAUCACACCAGAGAAUACACACAGGAGAGAAACCUUAUAGCUGUGCUCAAUGUGGGAAGAGAUGUACUACAUUAAGCAAUCUGACUUCACACCAGAGAACACACACAGGAGAGAAACCUCAUAGUUGUGAUCAAUGUGGGAAGAGUUUUAUGACAACAAGCAAUCUGACUUCACACCAGAGAACACACACAGGAGAGAAACCUCAUAGUUGUGAUCAAUGUGGGAAGAGUUUUACGACAUCAAGCAAUCUGACUUCACACCAGAGAACACACACAGGAGAGAAACCUUAUAGCUGUGAUCAAUGUGGGAUGAGUUUUACUAUAUCUAGCUCUCUGACUUCACACCAGAGAACACACACAGGAGAGAAACCUUAUAGCUGUGAUCAAUGUGGGAAGAGUUAUACUACAUUAAGCCAUCUGACUUCACACCAGAGAACACACACAGGAGAUAAAUCUAAUAGUUGUGAUCAAUGUGAGAAGAGUUUUCCUACAUCAUUCCAGCUGACUUCACACCAGAGAACACACACAGGAGAGAAACCUCAUAGCUGUGAUCAAUGUGACAAGAGAUACUCUGAUAAAAGAUCUCUGAUCAAACAUCAGAAAAUACAUACAUGAAGUUGUUUCAUGAUAUCAAUGAAAUAAAGUCACACUGUAGAAUGUUUUAACAUUGUAGUGGGAGUAUUUUAAUGAUGUCACAAUGUAGAAUGUUUUAACAUUGUAGUAGGAGUAUUUUAAUGAUGUCACACUGUAGAAUGUUUUAACAUUGUAGUAGGAGUAUUUUAAUGAUGUCCUACCUUAUCCUUUGCCCUGUUCAAUUGAUUGCAGCAUGAUAUGGAUAUUAGCCUCAGGGGAAAUCUAGGCUCUGAAUUGAAAGAGUAUUAUUUAACAAAAAGUGACUAACAAAAAAAGAGCUGUGUUACACUUACUGCGUUGGUGACCCACUUUAAUCAAAAUGCAGCACUUCAAUAAUACUAUUGUAUAUUAUUAUUUAGAAAUGUGUUUUUUCUUGUUUUUAAUUGUUGACAGCCAGUAGACACUAUGUUUAUAUUGUAGUUGAUUAUGUGAAAUGGAAGUUGUUUUCUGUUGGGGGUGAGCAUACUUGUCCAACAAAAAUAUAGGAUAUAUUUGUUGUCUAAAGGGGGAAGGUGUUACAGGCUUUGGUUUUUCCAUUUAUGUUUUGAGGUUGGACUUUAGCACUUAUAGCUCGUUAGCACGUAUAGCUCCUUAGCACGUAUAGCUCGUCAGCACGUAUAGCUCGUCAGCACGUAUAGCUCGUCAGCACGUAUAGCUCGUCAGCACGUAUAGCUCGUCAGCACGUAUAGCUCGUUAGCACGUAUAGCUCGUCAACAAGUAUAGCUCAUAGCACGUAUAGCUCGUUAGCACGUAUAACUCGUUAACAUGUAGGACGCACUGAUUGGUGUCACCUCGUUAGUCAGUAUGUGUUACACCUGUGCUGGCUUGUCCAUCUCGUUAGUGGGAAGGUGUUUCACCUGAGCUGGUCCAGGUUCUAUUUAAGAGUGUCUGGCCCAGUGCUCCAGUUGCCUUGAUAGAUGUAGAGAGUCAAUACCUUUAGUUGCUCCACUUUUUGGUUUGCUUCCUGUCUUUAAGUUUGGUGUGAGUUUUUCUUUUGUUUGCCUCUUGGGCAGAUUUAGUGGGUCUCAUGGUGGGUGUCUUUUAGGUCCCAGUUGUUGUUACUAGUCAACUUUCAUUGGACACCCCCAUAGUGUCUUUGAGAACCCCUCCUAAAAAACAAACUUAUAUUUUGGGUUGGAUAUUUUAUCCAAUUAGUGUUUUAAUCAAUGGCAUUUCCUUAGAAUGCUCAUUUGUCUUUCAGUUGUUAAUCUUCUGUUUUUUUAUCCUGUUAUGUUUGUGUACUAAAUAUUUCUGGUUAUUUUCAUUGUUUUCUCCUGUGAAGCCAUUGUGUUGCAUCCAUGUCUGAAAUGUGCUGUAUAAAUAAAGCUUGAUAUGGUUUCAACAAAUGAA